UUUUUAUCGUUUUUAAAAGUCACUGAUAAGUAUCCCAGCAUGGAUGUGUGUAGGAUAUUCGACCUUUGUACAACAGCCUGCGACAGAGAUACCGCUUAGUCAAUCUCAGUUCUGAACGUGAUUUUCAUGUUUGAGGAAAUACUUCAUUCCUGCCAGAAACAACACAGGCAAACUUCUCAACGCUGUUUACUAGAAUUAUGAUGGGCGAUCCCAUUUAUUGGACUCUUGGGUACUUCCUGAUUGCAGUGAUCUCACUUUUAUCCCUUCUUUAUCGGUAUUUUUCAUCCGUUUACAAAUACUUUGAAAUCCGCGGAAUACCUUAUGAACCACCCAUAUUUGCUUUCGGGAGCCUGUGGCCUGUUCUCAGCUUGAAGAAAUCAUACAACGAUUUAAUUUAUGAUAUGUAUAAAAAGUACAAGAAGGAAAAGAUUGUUGGAAUUUUCCAAUUUUCCAAGAAGAGUGUUUUAAUAAUUGAUAGAGACCUCUUACGGAAGGUUCUGGUGAAGGACUUUGAGUAUUUUGAUGACAAGAGUCUCCACUAUAACAAAGAACUGGAGCCUUUGACUGCCCACUUGUUUUCCUUGGGUGGAUAUGAGUGGAAAGUUCUUAGAACAAAACUAACACCAACCUUUUCGUCCAGCAAAUUGAAAGGGAUGUUUCAGGCUGUCAUCGACAAUGCCCAUAAACUGAAAGAGUAUGUAUCCAAGAAGAUUUUGAAGACUGAAGAGUUAGAAUGUAAGAGUACGUGUCUAAGAUUUGGCCUUGCCGUCAUUUCCAGCACUGCUUUUGGUCUUGACAUUGACAUCGUCACUGAAAAGGCGUCAACAUUCUUCAAGAUGGCGGAGACAGUAUUCGCUCCUACUCUCGGUGGUAUGUUCCGAAACAGCCUAUGGUUCUAUGCAGGGUUCAUCGCCAAGACAUUCAAUUUAAGGAUCAUCCCCAAGAAAACUCACGACUUCUUCUUUAACCUGGUGAAAGACACAGUUCAUUAUAGAGAGACACAUGGAACUACCAGAAAUGAUCUUCUGCAGCUACUUAUACAGCUCAAACAGGGAGCCAAAUUUGGAGGUGAAGACGUAAGUAUAACGCUAGAAGAACUGGCAGCUCAAUCAUACGUGUUUAUUUUGGGAGGAUUUGAAACGACCUCUAAUGCCAUGAGUUUCUUCCUGUACGAGAUGGCGAUGAACCCAGAGGUACAGGAGCGGGUCCACGCGGAGGUCGACGCUGUGGAUGAGAUAACGUAUGACACUCUGGCUGGCAUGGAAUAUCUCGAGAUGGCUCUUGAUGAAUUGUUUCGAGUACACUCACAACUAGGCUUCUUAAACCGAACUUGCACCAAAGACUACCAGGUACCUGGAACCGAUUACGUCAUAGAGAAGGGAACGGAGGUGUUGGUCUCUGUACAAGGUCUGCACAAGGAUCCUGAACUGUUCCCAGAGCCGGAACGAUUCAUCCCUGAACGGUUUAGCAAGGAGAACAAGGGUAAAAUUAAACCGUUUUCUUACAUGCCUUUCGGCGAAGGCCCUAGAUAUUGCAUAGGCAAGCGGUUUGCCAAGUUAAUGGUCAAGGCGGGACUGGCGAUCCUGAUGAAGCGCUUCUCAGUGGAGACGUCUCCCAGAACACCGAAUCCAAUGAGAUACGAUCCUCGAGGACUCACUUUAGCCGCAGCUGGGGGCAUAUGGCUGCGACUGGUCGACAGGCAGAGAAUUCAGUGACACCCUGUACUAUUGACUACAGACAAGUCUUUGGCGAGGAAUUGUCUGUUUGAAUGACACAAAUAAUUAUAUAGAGUAGUAUUUAUAUAAAGACUGUUAUAUUUUUAUUUGGUUUAAUGUAGUCUCGUCUACGCGAUUUAAAGUAAGAAGAACGUAGAAAAUUAAUUUGGUUAGGUUGUUGUUCGUCAUUAGUAUGAUUCAAAAGAUUUAUGUUAGUCCACCGUGGUAAGUUAACUAUAAUCAUUGUCAAGUUUACAUUUUUGAGAAUACAAAUCAAAAAUGUGUAAGAUAAAUUUGCCAAUGAUCUCUUAGAUCUUGUGCCGUCAGCCGGGCCUUGCAAAACAAUUUUGUCUCCUCCAGUAGUUCAAUUAAUAUCAAAGGACCUUCAAAUGAGAUUUUAAAUUUGAUCGCUGUAUUUUUGGAGUGCACACAACUUCACAAUAACCCUGUUUCAAUCGACAUCGGUAUUUCGCACCUUUAUUAGCCAUCAUCGCCAUUUUGUCUUUAUACCCAGUCCUUACUCGCACUUCCACCGAAUUACUAACAAUCAUUCCUUACAUUUAACUAUAUGAGUGAUAUUAAUAGCUUAAAUACAUAUAUUUAAAAUGUUUGUCGUGAAUUUAGAGCAUACCUGAGCUCUAAGACAAGAACAAAAAGUUCAUCGUCAGGAAUAUAACUGAUAUAAUAUUUUGAUAACUUGUCGAAAGAGGUGGAAUGAUGUUCACAUACCGUUGUUCUUGACAAAAUUAGAAAAAAAACACUAGAAUUACUAGAAUUUUACCUAUAUAACAAUACUAUUAGCAGACCUAUUCAGCACUGACAUUGCAGAUACAAUUUCUGCAAGUCUCGGUGUAUACAAAUAAUGAUUAUAAAAUUACUAUUCUUUAUUGUACGCUUUUGGUCAACAACGAUAAAGAAAUAUUUAAUUAAUACUUUAAAAAUGUGUUACCAAAAUAUAAGGCAAUCAGCACAAUUACAGAUUUUGGCAGGUGCAGAUUGACAGCCUAAAUGGUGACGAUUACAGCAGAAUAAUCACGAAUUCAUUUCAAAGAAUACAAAAUAGAAAUACACACAUAGUAACAGUUGUAAGGCCAGAAUUGGGUUGAAAAUAAGCUAACAAUAGUGGACUGCGAAGUCCAACAUAACAAGAUUGCAUUAGGAAAGAAUGUUACAAUAUCAUGGAGGUUAUUGUAAAAGAAUAGUUGUAUUAAGUGUUGUAUACACUUGUAACAUAUCUGUACAGAGACAAUAAUAAACAAAUACAUUGUUCGCUAUUUUAUAUACUGUUAUAUAUUUAUGACGAUGUAACACUGAGGUAUCUAUUUAAUUUAAAGUACUGACUUUUGUAACUAUUAUAAGUUUAAAUUUUACAAUUGUUACAAAUUUAAAAAUAUUAUUAGCGUGUUAAAUGAACAUUUUUAAUGAUUUGCUUUUGAA